GGGAAGGUGACGCUUGGAGCAGGGGAACAUGGCAUUUCUAUGGAGCCACUCCUAGCAUGAUGAGAAACAAACCAGUUUCUAGUGGAUAUUGAGGAAUUUGGAAAUCAAAGUGCAGUAAGGAAACCAGCCCAAUAGGAAAAGGAAAUUGUCUCAAGGUGUCAAUCGGGCUGAACUUUUAAACUCACUUUGAUCAGAAAGAGAAAAAUAAGAGUCAAGUGCCAGUAUUGCAAUUAUGUGUACAUAACGCUGUCGACAUGGAGGAGAAAGCAUAUAAAUAUAUUGAAUGUGGAAAGAACUUUAGACAGCAUAUAAAUCUGAAGACAUAUCAAACGACUUACACUGAGGAAGAACCCUAUAACUAUCUCGAGUGUGAAAAGAGCAUUCGCAUUGGAGUGAAACCCUAUAAAUGCCUGGAGUGUGGACAGAACUUCACUCAGAGUACAAAUCUGUGUUCACAUCAAAGGACACACACUGGGGAGAAACCUUAUAAAUGCCUAGAGUGUGGAGACAGCUUCACUCAGAGUGGAGUUUUACGUUCACAUCAAAGAACUCAUGCUAAGGAGAAACCCUAUAAAUGCCUGGAGUGUGGACAAAGCUUCACUGCGUAUGGACGACUACAUUCACAUCAAAGGAUUCAUACUGGGGAAAAACCCUAUAAAUGCUUGGAGUGUGGACAGAGCUUCACUCAGAGUGCAAAUCUACAUUUACAUCGAAGGACUCACACUGGGGAGAAACCCUAUACAUGCAUGGAAUGUGGACAAAGCUUUACUGUGAGUGGACGACUGCGUUCACAUCAAAGGACUCACACUGGGGAGAAACCCUAUACAUGCUUGGUGUGUGGACAGAGCUUCACUCAGAGUGGAAAUUUACGUUCACAUCAAAGGAUUCAUACUGGGGAGAAACCCUAUAGAUGCCUGGAAUGUGGACAGAGCUUCACUCAGAGUGCAAAUCUACGUUCACAUCAAAGGAUUCACACUGGGGAAAAACCCUAUAAAUGCCUGGAGUGUGGACAGAGCUACACUCAGAGUGCAAAUCUACUUUCUCAUCAAAGGACUCACACUGGGGAGAAACCCUAUACAUGCGUAGAGUGUGGGAAAAAUUUUACUCUGAUGGGAUAUCUACGUUCACAUCAAAGGUCUCACACUGGGGAGAAACCCUAUACAUGCCUGGAGUGUGGACAGAGCUUUACUCAGAAGGCACAUCUACAUUCACAUCAAAGGACUCACACUGGGGAAAAACCUUAUAAAUGCCUGGAGUGUGGACAGAGUUUCACUCAUAGUUCAGGUCUACGUUCACAUCAAAAAACGCACACUGGGGAGAAACCCUAUUCAUGCCUGGAGUGUGGACAGAGCUUCAUUCAGAGUUCAGAUCUUCGUAAACAUCAAAGGACUCAUACUGGAGAGAAACCCUAUACAUGCCUGGAGUGUGGACAGAGCUUCACUCAGAGUGGAAGUUUGCAUUCACAUCAAAGAACUCACACUGGGGAAAAACCCUAUAAAUGCCUGGAGUGUGGACAGAGCUUCACUCGGAGUGGAAGUCUACGUUUACAUCAGAGGACUCACACUGAGGAGAAACCUUAUAUAUGCCUGGAAGGAAAUUGUUAAGUUUACAUUUACAGUAACACCAGAGUUUUUUCUUAAUAAUGCUGGAUGAUAAUCCAAGCAAAAGUGUAAGAUUACUAAAAUACUGUGUAACAAAAUUUGAAAAAAAAAAUCUCUUCCUGGUUUCAAAGUAUUAUUUCCUGUUUAAUUGUGCAGUACGCACUUUGAAUGUAGUUGUUAUAAUCCAGAAACUUCAUUUUUGUAGCUGCCACAAACUAUGUUGAAAUAUUUGAAACAUUAGUGAGAUAUUCAUUAAAAAUGUUCUGCAAGAUGUCCAGCAAAAACAAAAUAAUUGCAGUCAAAUAAACUUUUUCUAUGUUUUUUAUGAUAAAACCAAGUAGGAAAUUACAUGUAUAGCCCAGGAACAAAAAUUGUAUUAAAUAGUGCAAUUGCUGCAAAAAUCCUUUAUCCCUAGAGAUGAAAUGUAGUUAUCCCAACUCAAGGAAAUUGUCUAAUGAAGAUCUACAAACUAGCAUAGAUGGAGAAAAUGAUUGCUGAGUAUGAAGAAAUCUUUGAUCAAAAUCUUUCAAGAAUUUUUAAUCACUUUUUGGUGACCAGGGACCACUGUCCAACAUUAGUACCAAAAGGGUUACAAAUCAGUUUUUGGUCAACUUUAGAUUUGGUUUGGUUAUUUGGGGUGCCGAUUCAGAAAACUGCAGUGGACAGACCACAUCAGCUCUAGUUUCUCAUACAGAACAUAUGCCAUCCAGUUGUCGCCAUCUGCUCGCCCACAGAAAACCAUAUUUAAUCAUCUAGAGCUGACGUCUAUCCAAUGCAAUUUUCUCAAUCAGCACCCUAAAUAACCCCAGGAACAGGCCUAAAAACAAAAACACCAAGGUGCCCCCCUUUCUAGGUGCCACAGGUCAUGCUUUCCCCAAAAGGUUACGACUCUUAACAGGUCGUGCUUUCCCCAAAAGUUUAUGACUUUUAACAGGCCAUGCUUUUCCCAAAAGGUUAAGGCUCUUAAUAGGUCGUGCUUUCCCCAAAAGGUUACAACUCUUUAACAGGUUGUGCUUUUCCCAAAAGGUUACGACUCUUAACAGAUCGUGCUUUUCCCCAAAGUUUGUGAUUUUUAACAGGCCGUGCUUUUCCCAAAUGGUUAUGGCUCUUAACAGGUUGUGCUUUCCCCAAAGGGUUAUAACUCUUAACAGGUUAUGCUUUCCCCGAAAGAUUAUGACUUUUAACAGGUCGUGCUUUGCCCAAAAGGUUAUUACUCUAACAGGUCAUACUUUUCUCAAAAGUUUGGGACUUUCAACAAGCCAUACUUUUCCCAAAAGGUUAUGGUUCUUAACAGGUCGUGCUUUCCUCAAAAGUGAGAAGGAUGUGAGAAGGGAGACAAGGAUGAAAGAAGAGAUGAAGGAGGGAAAGACGGGGCAGAAGGAAGAAGAGAAGGCAUUGAAGAAAGAUGGGAGGGAAGGGGAAAGGGGGAGAAGAAAAGGGAAAAAGAGGGACGAAAGAAGGAAAAAGAAA